CUUCUUCGCAACCCUGCAGGAAUAAAAACAUUUUUCUUGUUUGUUUCAAAGCCCGAGUAAAAGUUUGUUGUCUCAAGUUUUUUUGGUUUUUUUUUUUUUGGACUGUCCGUUUUUGGUUUUUUUUCCCAGCUCUUUAGCUUUUUUUGUACUGUAAAGGACAAACAAAACGGAGAGGAGGAGCGCAGAAGUUUUCCAGCUUCUUGGAAAUGUAGGCUCACUCUAGUCAAGGAUGGUGUGGGGGUAGUUGUGUGGAGUUGGACCUGGGGGGCAGUUUGUGACGGGAUAAAGGUGGGAGAGAUUGUUGGGGGGGGGAAAAAAAACUUUCCCCCGCGGAAGAGCAAGGCGGCGACGGGGCUGGAGGGGAACCUCUUUACGCAUUGACGCACGGUUUGCGCACACAGAUUUGUUUAAGUAAAAAAAAAAAAAACCUCCCAACAUGCGCAGGUCGUGCGGCUGUAACCGCGGACAAAUCCGAAGGAGACUAGUCAAGUCCGCUGUUUUGAAUGUACUUUUUCUGCUGGUGAUCGCGCUGUCCUGCCACGGCUGCCCGGACAAAUGCCUGUGCUCCUCACAAACUGUGAAAUGCCAAAACCAAAACUUGGAUGCCAUUCCGCAUUCCUUACCGAACAACACCAAAUUCCUGUUCGUCACAGGAAACAGCAUUUCCCGUAUUAGUGCGGCCUCUUUUCCAGCCCGCCUGGACCAGUUAACAGAUCUCUAUCUCAGCGGGAAUGAGGUGGAGUAUGUCGAUGACAUGGUAUUUCACAACUUGCCAAACCUUCAGAAGCUUGACUUGAGUAACAACCAGAUCCUAAAUUUUAGUAAAGAUGCUUUCCCCGAUGACAGCAAGCUGCAGUUGCUGAACCUCAGUAGAUGUUUUCAGAAUCAUUCCACGGCGGAUUUGGUCCUGAAUUUCCUGAGCAGGGGAAACCUUCCUCGGCUGACCAACCUGGACCUGUCCAGCAACGACCUCGUGAUCCUCCCCGACAGCAUCCUGACAAACCUCUCCAGCCUGGCCAGCCUGAGCCUGCAGAACAGCUCCAUCAUUAGCAUCCACAACGGGACCCUGAAGGCGCCCCCGCUGCAGGACCUCGACCUGAGGGACAACAGCCUGAGGGACCUGCCGCUCUCCAUGCAGGCCGAGUUCAACCUCAAGCCUGGCCUCCGCAUCUGGCUGGCGGGGAACCCCUGGCGCUGCGACUGCUUCAUCGACGAGACGCUGGCGUGGCUGAGGAACUCAACGCAGGUCGUCGACCUUCAGAACCUGACCUGCGCGGACCCCGAGGCCCUCAGGCGCCACUUGCUGCUGCAGGUGGAGCAGUCAAAGCUGAAGUGUUCCAGCGAGAUGGAGGGCGUGCUGGAGACCUCGUACGUUUUCCUGGGACUCGUGCUGGCCCUGAUCGGCGUGAUAUUCCUGCUGGUGCUCUAUCUGAACAGAAAGGGCAUCAAGCGGUGGAUGUACAACAUCCGGGACGCUUGUAGGGACCACAUGGAGGGGUACCAUUACAGGUAUGAGAUAAACUCUGACCCUCGCUUGGCCAAUCUCAGCAUCAAUUCAGAUGUGUGAGGGGAGGAUCUGAGGACACCGUCUGGGAACAUUCAGACCGUAAAUGACUUUAUAAUAUCUAGAUCUGCAUGGAAGUCUUCCUCAACAUACCUUUCACCCUUUGACAUGGUACUACUCUGGUUUUCCAUCCAUCACCGCUCUGAACGCAGCCCCUACACUGAACCUCCCGCUGCAUGUCCUGUUCAGGUGCCCGGCGGCGGAGCCAGCUGCCUUCUCUCCAUUAGUACCAUUGCAUGGACAGUGAAUCAUGGCAGACUGGGUGUUUUUUGUUUUUUUUUUGGUAAGCUGCAAAGACUGAUGUGUUCUAUUUUUACUUUUCCUAAAGGAUAAACGGACAAAGUGCAUUGACUUUUAAGGGAACGUAUACUUGGAUUUAAAAAAAAAAAAAAAACUGCUGGUCAUUGCAUCCUUUUCAUUAUCGCUCUGCUGCAAAGAAAUUAUACUGCUUGAAAUAUUUUUAAUAUGUGUUAUACAGUACGCCUUUUUUUGAAUGAUUUUGGUGCAUAUUGCAUAGGUAUUUUGGAUUUUGUAGGUAGAUGUGAUUGCUCUUUUUUUUUUUUCCUGUGAAGAUUAUUCAGCUAAAUAAAACGCCUCUGGAUUGAUGGUAUCUUGUCUCAGCUGAGGGCCUUUUAAUCUUGUAAGACAAAGGAAUGUGAUCCCACAGAGUUUUAUGGCCGAGUUCAGUGCCUCUCUCUCACACACACACAUACGCAUACAUCCUCAUUCCACAGCUGAUACACACACACAAAAAAAACCUCUCACUCCAGCUGUUGGAGGGUUCAACAAUCUGUGAAUCUCUUUUUUUUCCCAUGUUGCAGACACUUAUAGUAUCUCCACAGUAACGGUUUAAAAGCUGCUUUCAUUAACAAGCCAGAUACCACAGGAGAAGUACAAUUCUCCAGCUGAACAGAGGCCGCGCUGUCUGAAUUUAAAUGAGCUUCUAUCUGUAGGUCUGAAGGUGAUGAGAGUAUAGCCAACUGUUAUCUCCCCGUCCAAUUUUCUUCCUGCUGAUCAAAAAAAAAAAGAAAAAAAACUUCAGCUGUGUGUGUGUGGAAGCUGCAGGCGGUGGGCACGUCUCACGCGCAUGCUAUAGCCCUGUUUACCUGCAGACGUACCUCCAGUGAAUUCGGCGAGCAUUCGAGUUGGCUCUGGAUGCAGAAUAAAACCCGGGAAAGAAAAAAAAAAAAAAGGCGAGUGGUGUUUCGUGGCACAUGCAAAUGAAGGCGAAGCUGAAGUGGAGAUUCUUGCGGGGGCACACAGAGGUGUUAUGGAAAUGAGCCCACGUGCUUUGCUUUUUCAUCUGGCACUGUUUUAGGGAAAACUAGCAUCCUUGGGAAGAGAAGUGUCUUCCAUUCAUGUUUGCACCUAAUUGUCUUGUUGCUUUCCCCCUCCUUUAUACAUUCCAGUAUGGAUUAAUAAUUAAGGAGUGGCAACUCCUUUGCAUGUUGUUGUCUACCACUCUAAAUUAAUGAUGUUUGUUGUGUCUGCAUGCAGGAAAGACUGAACUUUCUUGGCCCUUUUCUGCAGCACCGCGAGAUAAUAAUCUCCCUGCACCCCUCGCUCACAUAAACACACAGCGUCUCGAUUAAGCGCGCCUCUCGUCGCCUGCAGCUGCAUGUAAUUGGCAAUGCAACAGCGCAACAGCCCGUGCGUGCGCCGCCGGAUUUCCCCCGCUGUUGGCCGGGGCCUGUGUCCUGCGGCUACGUGGUCUGAUAUUUCACGGCAUAUCUUGGUUUCUUGGCACGAGGAGGGCAAAUAUAUUCAGUUUUUUGUCAUCAGCGAUUGUUAUUGAGGGGGCCGGUUGGACUUCAGAAGGGGAAGCCAUGUGUUACUCUGUCUGCUUCGCUCUGGUGUGAACGGCUCCAUACGUCUCCUGACAAACAGAGCAGCUGCUCGGCUGAAAACUCAUCCUCACACCUUCAGCUUCACACUUCACUCCUAAGAAAUCUUUGUGACUGGGAGGUGCUUCUUCGAAAGCUGCAGUGUCAGAACAGGAGAUGAGGAAGCAUGCAGUGCAUUUCAGUGAUACUGUUGCCUCAGUUUUUCAUGAUCACACCUUCAGUUAUGGCUGUUUGAGGUCAUUUGUCAUUUGAGCCAUGUAAUCGCUGUAAAGAAAUAUUUCGGGUUUGAGCUGCCACUGUUCAUGGUUUUGAAUCGGCUCGAAUUAAAGACAUGGAGGCAGUUGAAUAUCGGUUAUUCUCUGCAGUCUUUAAAUGCCUUCUGCUCUGUUUUAGCAUCCUCAGUGUACAUUAUGCUGCUGUGUGUGACACUUGGAUUUGUAUUAAUAUUAUAAUCUAUUUAUUAUGUUAUUUUGCCAUCUUCACUUUUGGCUCUACGUUUGGAGGCAGCCUGCAUGACGUCCACCUGUUUUUGAAACCAUUUCAUCCAGGUCCGGUUUUUGAGGUACGAGAAUGGAUUGCUAUGAACCAAAGCAGGGUACAGUCUGCACAGGCUGCUGGUCCAUCAGGGAGACAGACAGACAGAAAACUAAACUUGCCUAUUCAUACCAAAAGGUUAUUUAAAUCAGGGUUAGAACCCCUAACCGUAAUGAUUAAAGCUACACAUUGUUGGUUUAUUUAAAAUUGAUGCUUGGUUUCUUUUGAAAUCUAAAGAGUGUUCUUUUUCUAUUGUCUGACAGUGAACUGAUGUGUUUGUUAAAAGUAAGCUAUGAUCUCUAAGGAAUGUUGAUUAUGUACUUAUGCUGAGUAAAUUAAUAGUAAAGCUAAAUAUCAGUCUAGAAACUGUAGGGACGUAUAUGUCGGACCAGUGGCUCUUUAUCUUUUUUCUUUGGAGCAUCCUCUAAAAGUCUGCUGAAGCACUCUCUGAUCUCUAAUUGGACAAAAAAAAUUACAGUGAAAUCGUUCAAUGACUGAAACGUCCCCUCUUUUCUAGAUUGUAGAAAUAGUGUUUUUAUAAUGUUCUUUAAUGUGUAAAUCUCCAGGAAAUAUGUUCCCACAUUACAUAUUCAAAAUCAAGACUUACUCCCAUACAGAUAGAAACUCUUGUUUUCUCACAGUGGAUUUGUAAUUGUUGCAUGUUCAUUUAAAAGAAAAAAAAAGAAAAACUUUUACUUCACACAUGUUAUUCCCCAGCGCCUGGUUUCUUUACCUCUCCGCCCCGGGAGACAGAUACAGGUGCAGGCUGCUUCCAGCCCAGUGUAACCACAGAGACCGUCACUCGGGUCGCCGCCUCUUCCCUCCCUUCACAUGCACUCUGCAGAAUCAUAUUAACGUGUGAUUUUGACCAACCACGCCUCGAGCUACGCGUGGUCGGGCAGGUGUAAUUGCAGCGAGGGGAAAAAAGAAAGCAAAGUCUCGGAGAGUGAGUAGCUGAAGAGGGAGAGAAAUAUAACAGAUGAACUCGGACACAAUGACACCUUCUCAGGCCCGCUCAGCGGACCCUUUGUGCUUGUUAUCAGCGGUCUCUAAACAGCUCGGACGUCCAAAUAGCCGCUCGUUGACUUAUGGUGUCAGCUGUGGUCCACAGAGGAGGGGGAGGAGGAGGCGGCGUGUCUCCGCCAGCUCCCUGUGCGCUCCCGGCCGUUUGUUAGGGCCUAAAGCUCAUCGCCAGACAGGAGCAGGACUGAUGUUUACUCUGGUUGGUAAACAGAAGCUUUGCUGCUGAUACUGAAGCUCUGGGAUUCAGGCGGCGCUCUAAAUGACCUGCUGAGGCUCGGCUCUUUGACAGCGGGGAUAUUUGUUGUCUUUUGUUUUCCCACACUUCCAUCACCAAGGUUUGGGGCAGAAUGGAAAUGAAAUGUCCAUUCUGAGCUCGCAGCAAAGUAUUUCUUCCACGGUAAUGCUGUAAAAGAAAAACAAGUGAUACAAAAUAGGAAGAGAAAGCUGCAGAUUAUGCGAUCGUCAUGUUUGAUUGGGUGGAUCUUUUACACUGGAUAGUGGAUACCCUUCUUAACACCACCUGAGCAGCUGAAUCUUCUCUGCCUUUCUCAAAGAACCCUGGUGGCAAUCUGUCAGCACCAGGAAUCGAACCAGAUUUUUCAAUUCAAUAAAGAGAAAGUAACUCUGAUUGAGCAGUAACUUACUGGUAAAAUCUGACAAGUAAUUUACUGCAAAUGUGCUUUACAGUAAGAAAAACAUUACUGUUGUUUCAACCUAUCUCACACUAAUUUGCUGUAUUCCUAUAUUCUUUCAGUAUUUACAUUAAUGUAAAUUUCAUAACCAUAUUUUUACCACACUGUACAGUAUUAGUUGAGGUUACUACCUUUUAUUACAGAGAUAAUCAUUUGCAGUUAACCUUUCAGAAAAGAGCUUCACUGUUACAGUGAAUAGCGCCCUGCACUAAAGAAAAGCAGACUUGUUCAAUCUAACUUCUAACUGUAAUUCUAACUCGGAUGCUUUUAUUGUGCAGUGUAAGGCAAUGAAUAGUUAUGACGCAUACUUGAAUUUUACUGACUGGUGUAACAAAGAUGGAAGAUAGAAAACAUCUGGAUGAACAGAUUCUUGGGUUGAGUUUCACCAACGUGUAAAUAGAAGUGGUAAAAAAGGCACACUUUGUAGAAUUUGUUUUAUUUCUAAAUCCAGUAGUUAAGGUACAGGAUCACAUGGUGGUGUAGUGGAUUGUACUGUCGUCAGAGUGAAUAUACCCUGUAUUCGAUUCCACACUUCUGUGUGGAGGUUGCAUGUUUUCCCUGUGAUGUGCUUGAAUCUGCAUCGACUUUAAGAGCACAGUGGAUUCUCAGUGUGAACUUAAACAGUGUCAAAAUACCCAAACUUACAGUUAAAGGCUCAAUUUUUAUUUGAGUUUAACAAUAAUAAUGUUGACGUGUACUUUCUGGGAGUCUUAAUGAGGCAAUAAAAGAUUUUAUUCUGCGAAAAUGA